CUAUCCCCAUCGUCGUGGCCGUUGUCAUCAGCAGUAAGCACCGUGGUUCAGGGUGUGGCCCGGGCCGCAUCUGCCAAUCACACCGUACUCUCCCUACUCUGUGCAGCGCACCGCCCCAUGGCGACCACCACGCGUCCAGCCUCUGCAGCUCUGCUCCUGCAGCUUCUCGUGCAGCACCACCGCCUCUGUGCGGCGCUGCGGGUGGGUCAUCCGCCCAACGACGGCGCACCCGACUACGUGGAGCAGUUGCGCGCCGCCACCGCGGGCAACGCGACGCGCGCAGCGGUGACGGGGCCGUUGAAGACGAUAAGCGUAGCGAUCGAUGAAUUUCUGAUCCCGCGCCUGGAGUGGAGGUUCAGCCACUGCAGCGGGGACAGGCGGAAGUCGAGGUGUGUCCUUCGGCGCGUGCCCGACACUGCUCUCCGUCACUUUCUCCUGCUGGACUCGCUGCAGUUCCCUGUCGACACGAAGGAUCCCAACAAGUGCCCCGCCACCGUUAAGACCUCUAGCGGCUGGGUCGGGCAGGCCACGCAAGAGGACUUCUACUUCGGUUUUGAGCGUUGGGUCAAAGGCGUUCAGGAUUCCAAGAAGCGAACUGCUUUUCUGCCUGUGUGGUCGGAUCCGCGUUUGAGCAGUUUUCCCAUGGAGUAUUUCAGUCCGUUUUGUGGGGAGUUGGAGGUAUCCCCUAUGGCCGCCAGUGGCGAGACGACGGCGACCGCAGUCUCUCCCAUGACGAGGCAGGAUUGUUUUUUCUUGCCUAUGUCCAGCUGCAUGAUGGACUCUGCGCACUGGGGGAAGAACGUGGUGGACGAAUCUGACAUGGCUCUGCCGUUCCGUCACCGCAUGCCCAAGCCAUUUGACGGUCUCAUGGCUGGCGACUUACGUGUUAUGUGGCAGAUGUUGUUCUUCCGUCAGAAUGCGCAGACACGAAAUGAGGUUGCCCGCCUUGAAGCAGAGUGGCGCUCUGUGAACCAAGCGUGGCCCGCGUCCAAAGGAGGGCCCGCUUGCGCGGCGGUCCAUGUCCGCCACGGGGACAAGCUGACACCAUUCUGGAUAAAAGAACACGACACCAUCGCGGGAGGCUUUAAUAAGAGCCUGGACGACUAUUUAGAUGUGGCGCUCCAGAUGAUGGAGGACGAGCCUCAGCUGACCGACGCCUCUCGGAGCAAGGAGCUUCCGCUGGUAUUCGUGAUGUCCGACGACGCUGACAUCAUCGCGGCGACAAAGCGCUCGCGACGGGCGAGGAUCCAUACCGUGGCCCCGGGCACGCAGCUCCAUUCUUGUCAGACACGCUUUCCGACAAAGAUGUAGCCGCUGGUACCAUUGGCGACUUUGGAUACGCUCAGGCCAGCUCCGGGGACAUGUUGUCGUGGUUGCUGUCCGUCCGCCUCAUGAGCGCCUGCGGCACCUUUGUCGGCAACCUGGAGAGCACCUUCUCAAGGUUUCUGUACUAUGGCAUGUGCAAGCAGCGCAGCGGCAGAUGCCCUCGCAGUUUCAGCUUUGGUCGCGUGCAAGCUGAGCGUUCUGCCAUGUUUGAGGAAUGAGUGGCUCCAGAGGUCGCAUCGGUGAAUUUUAGCAUCUGUACAAGAUAGUUUCUGCCCCAAUGUCUAUGUAUGUAAUCUAAUAUAUAUGUCACAGGGUGGCGAACAUCACGCAGCUGUGCAAAUCCAACGAGGAGGAGGAAAGCUGGGAGGCGCGAGCGGCUGCGGGCCAGCGGGGCCGCCUGGCCGCUCCAUCGGAGGCGCGCGUGCGGGAGAGCUGUAGAUGCACAUGCGAUGCGCAACCGAGCAAGUCGCUGCUCUCGCGCGGCCCAUGUGGCCGUACUUUUUCUCCGUUGGUUGAGUCUCUUCCCGUCACUGCGGCGCGGGAGAGUCGUGGAGCGACCGGUGUGAUAGCGUGCGAGCACUCUCAUUCUGCUGUGCCCAGGCUUCCUUCGGCUCUGCCAGUACUUGUAGCACCGCUGUGCUCUUCGAGUGUCUGUAGCAUCGCUGUGUUCAGCCAUGACUCGUGCUCGUUUCUGUGUCUGCCGGAUUUCUGCUUGGCCCUUCGGCGCAAGAUGACGACGAUGAAUCUGACGAUGGACAGGAGAGCCCUGAUUUUCGUCCGCGCUACGUCUCUGCAGUUCGUUCCCCUUGCGAUUCUGUACACUACUUCUCAUGCGAUGCCAUGGCCUCACCCGCCUCGCCCUUAAAGGGGCCUGGGCGCAUGCCCGCACAGGCGAUCCGUUUCCGUUUCCGUUUCCUCAAGAGCAGGUGGUGGUGCGCAGGG